ACAACACCUUCAAUAACUAAAAGUUUGGUGCAAUUGAGAGAAUUGAGAAUAUCAAAUUGUGAAAUGAUGAUUGAAAUAUUAGAAAACGAGGGAGAUGCAGCAUGGAGUAGUGAACAAGUUGUUUUAAAUAAUCUGAACAAGUUGCCACUUGAACAUUUAGAUGGUCUCUUAUAUUUUUGCUCUGGGAAUUACUCUUUCAAUUUCCCAUCUUUGGAAGAGUUAAUUAUAGAAGAUUGCCCCAAUAUGAAGUAUUUUUGCCAAGGAAUGUUAAGCACACCAAUGUUACACAAAGUCAAUUAUGAGAGAAAGGAGGUAGAAAAUGAAGAGAAUGACUUGAAUUUAACCAUACAACAAGCACACAAAGAAAAGGUUGACUCCAAUAUAAAGACAUUGAAAUUAAAUGGAAGGGAUAUCAUGGUGAUUUGGCAAGGAGAGUUUCAAGAGAACUUUUGCAUAAUAGAAACUCUUGGAUUGAUUACAGAUGAACAUACAUAUAUUCCGAUUCAAAUCCUUCAGAAAUUUGUCAGUCUUGAAAACCUCAUAUUGACAGUGAGUUCAUACGAAGAACUAUUCUAGUUUGGAGAAGGUGAAGAGGACAUUGGAGUAUUCACAAACUUAAAACAAUUAGAAUUGUGGGGGCUUUUUAAUUUAAAGUGCAUUUCAAAGCAAGACUCCCGACUGAACUCAGUUCUUCAAAAUCUUCAUUCUUUAAAUAUAUACUAUUGUCACAAUUUGAAUACUUUGUUGAUGCCUUCACUAUCUUUUGAAAAUCUAAGGACUUUAAGGGUACAUCAUUGUAAUGGAAUGCAAAACUUAAUGACAUCUUCAAUAGCCAAAAGUCUAAUGUGUCUUGAAAGUUUGUCAAUAGAAGAAUGUGAAAUGAUGAUAGAAGUAUUAGCAAAUGAGGGAGAUAUAUUGAACGGUGAAAUUGUUUUUGGAAAAUUGAAGAAAUUGUCUUUGCUUGGUUUAAAAAGUCUCACGCACUUCUACUAUGGGAAUUACACCUUAAAAUUCCCAUUCUUGAGAGCAUUGUUUGUGAGUAGAUGCUCCAAGAUGAAAACUUUCUCUAAAGGAGGCUUAAGCAUGCCAAGAUUAGUAGAGGUGAACAGGAAAAACUGUUCAAGUG